AUGGUAGCCGACUACACAAAGAGAGGCGGCAGAUACACCUCUGAUUUCAUCUGGAACACCAAGUGGAAAGACCAGCUGGAUCUGGAGAUUUCUACAAAGGAAGCCAAAAAAAGGGCUGCAGAGGAGGAGGAGGAGGCUCGUGCUGGAGGCCUCAGCUUCAGCCGCGUUGCUGAUUUGAAUAGCAUGGAUGUGGACCUCAGCGAACAGCUGCGGCCAAGGAAAUCACAGGAGCCUUCACAGCAGGCGACCCCAUCUUCACGAUCAGGCACAUCGGCGGCUGCGAGUGUGGCAGCGCAGCGGCGCAUUCUGUACGAGAGGGGCCGGCAGAAGGCGGGCUUUGAGAACGUGGCGCCCACACAGGGGGAGUCCCGGCGAUGGGAGCGCUCUGGCAGAUUCAGCAAGAAGGUGGUCUCAACGGCGUCAACAGCGCCCGAUGAGGUGGCGGCUCAGGCGGCUCGAGCAGAGGCGGAGAGGAUAGCAUACGAGGCGCUGAAGCAGGGGCUCUUCCGCUGGAGCCUGGGCACCACCGCGCUGUGCUUCGCAGCUGCCUUCACCUUCUACAGCCGGGACACUGCAGCGAGCUACGGCCUCGGAGCGGUGGGUGGGCUGAUGUACCUGCGGCUGCUGAACAGGAGCGUGGAUGGGAUGGGCGCUAGCUUCCUGGGAGCUGCCGGCGGCCAGGCCCGGCUGCUCAUCCCAGUCAUCCUGGCUCUCGCCUACAACAGGCACGUGCAGACAUGCAAUUCUGUGUGGCAUGGGCUGGGGGCCUAUGAGAGGACAGGGGUAGAUCUGGAGCUGCUGCCAAUGCUCCUGGGAUUUUUCACCUACAAGGCGGGCGUGGUUGCCAAGCAGUUUGUGGACCUUGUGGGUGCGGCUACCAGAGGCCCACAAGCAGACAAGCUCGUUGCAGGGGACGAGGCUGAGGAUGUGCUUUUGGGAAAAUGA